AUGUUACCAGAGCGGGUUUCCAGCAGCCGCAGACUUCGGGAGAAUUUAAAAUUGCAGUCACCUGCCGUUUUCAUUGUGCUGUAUACCGGAGUUGAAGAAGGAAGAGCACAUGUAUUCUUGGACUGUAAAAGUGCCAAGAUGUGUGUAAUAAUCAUUUGCUUCCUGACAUUUUCGAUGGCCAGGGCCCAGGAUUCUUGCCCAGAUAAAGACUCAAAACUAGCACAAUGGAGACCGGGAGACAUUCCACACACUGAUGUCACCAUCGCCAAUGGCAACCUAUAUCUGCUGGACCAAUCAGCAACAGUAAAAAGCAUAACAGUUCAGGAUGGAGGUAAACUAGUGAUCAAAGACGGCGUGGCCCCGAUCAUCGUGAAAACAAAACACAUUCUUAUCGAGGACGGUGGAGAGAUGCACAUUGGAAGUCCUGAUUGUAGGUACCAAGGAAAGGUAACCAUCAUCCCCCAAGGCAAGUCAACUGACUCCGGUGAGAAUCCAGAUUUCGGCAGGAAGUUUAUUGGUGUCAGUAAAGGUGGUACCUUGGAAAUUCACGGCAAGACAAAAACAGCUUGGACCUUUCUGGAAGGGCACCUCAAAGGGCCACUUGAAGAAGGAGCCCAAAUUGAAGACUCUAUGCAGCGCGGGUUAAACGUGCGUGUUAUAGAUAAGGCCACGGGCAAUAUCACUGCCCGGGAACGAUUUGACACGUACGGCGACGAGGAGGCCUCAAAGCGACUGAUUGAUUUCAUCACAGAACAGAAAGAUGGAGCCAUAAUUACAAUAGCAGUGUUUGACGAGGCGUCUAAGAGGCUUUACGAUGAAGCUGAAACAUUGUUGACCAAUAUGGGAAGCGGAGAGGUAACAAAGAUCGGCUUUCGGCACCCCUGGGCGUUCAUUGCUGUUAAAGGAUCUCCGUCAGAGACCGUUGAAGAACGAAUAAAAUACAUUAACACAGAGACAACCCACUACGCCACGACCGAAAAAGUUUUCGCCAAUGACAGGGGUCAAUUCCGUGUCUACGUGAAAAGCGGAUGGGACGGAACAAAAGGAUGGGCAAGCUCUGCAAUCGAGCUUAGUGACGUAACAGAAGGAUACGUGAUCACUCUGGCAGAUGACGUCAGCAGUUGGGAAGAGGGAGAUNUUUUAAUGUCCGUUUAG